UAGUGCCUUUCAGUACAAGAUAAUUGGUAGGAAGUCUCUGUAUUAAUCUUGGUUUUUCAACAAAGUCAAUUCACAAGGUCAAAUAAAAUGGCUUGCAUACAAGUUUAAGCAGCAACUGAAGAAAAUAAAGCAGAGGACAAGAAUCAAAACAUUGAAACAAAUAAAACCAAAUCGUUUUACUGCACAAAGAUACCUUUCCCCUCUACCACUAGUUCAUGAUCUGAACUAGCUGGUUUAUCAGUUUCAUCCAACUUCACAGAGAAAAUCCACAUUUUGCAAUGACAUACCAUUUUCUUAGUACGACAAAGAAAACAAAUAUCCCCGGAAGACUUUGACUGAAGUGUGCAUUCAUAUUCCCGAAGUCUUCAGUCCACCUUCUUCCGAUUUCAAUCUUGAUACAAGCAGGGCCGCAGAAUAAUAUAAUGGCAUUACAAAUGAAGCACAGAGGCCACAAUAUACCAAAACAAAAGCCAUGAGAACUUCAGCAGCUUAUGAUAAGAAACCAAUGCUCUUCUAAAAUGGAAAGCCAGCUUUCAAAAUCAAACCCAACCGGAUAUUCUAACCUCAUGGACUUACCUUCCCAUUGCCACCAAUUCUUCCAGAGAUCAAAAAGCAAAUGCAAGCCCGUGUUUUUGGACCGGUAUUUCAUGCAAUGCUGCUGGAAGUAUCAGCAGAAUAAACCUUACCAAUUCCGGUAUACCAGGUACGCUACAUGAAUUUUCAUUCUCAUCCUUCCAAAAUCUAGAAUACAUUGACCUCAGCAUAAAUAAGCUAUUCGGUGUCAUCCCACCACAAAUCAGUUCUCUCUCCAAACUCAUGUAUCUUGAUCUCUCCAAUAAUCAGUUGUCCGGGAGAAUCCCACAAGAAAUUGGUUUCCUCAUAAGCCUUCACACCCUACAGCUCAAUAAAAAUCAGUUGAAUGGGUCAAUUCCUCAAGAAAUAGGUCAGCUUAAGUCUCUUCUUGUUCUUAGUCUCAUAGAAAAUCGCCUCACUGGUCCUCUUCCGUUGUCAAUUGGUAAUUUAAGCACGUUAGAGGUUCUAUACAUUCGGGACAACCAAGUCUCUGGCUCCAUUCCUCAUGUGAUAGGGAAUCUCAAGAAUCUGGUUGUGCUAAGAGUCGCCAGAAACAAUCUGACUGGUCAUUUGCCUCCGAAUCUCUGUCAAGGUGGGCGUCUUAUUAAUUUCACUGCAAAUAGCAAUCGUCUGAUAGGUCCAAUCCCCAAAAGCCUGAAAAACUGCAGAACAUUAUACAGAGUCCGCCUUGAUAGAAACCAACUCACUGGAAACAUAUCUGAAGAUUUUGGUGAAUAUCCAAACUUGGAUUACAUAAAUCUAAGCGACAAUAAAUUUUACGGAGAACUUUCACCGAAAUGGGGUAGGUCUCUGAAGCUAACAAAUCUUGAGAUUGCAGGCAACAAUAUUACUGGUACCAUUCCACCUGAGAUUGGAAACUUGACUCAACUGCAGUUGCUUAAUCUUUCUUCAAAUCAUUUGGUGGGAAACAUCCCUGUGGAACUUGGAAGGCUCACUUCGUUAGGGAAGCUUAUACUGAAAGACAACCAACUCUCUGGUGGUAUACCUCAAGAGCUUGGAUCACUGACUGAACUUGAGUAUCUUGACCUGUCCACAAACAAAUUGAGCCAGUCAAUUCCAAGUAGCCUAGGUAACUUUCUGAAGCUGCACCAUAUCAAUGCCAGCAACAACAAGUUAAGCCAAAAAAUUCCAUUUCAAUUCAGGAGUUUAACUCAGCUGUCCGUGCUAGAUUUGAGUCACAAUGGUCUUGAUCGAGAGAUACCAACAGAGCUUAGUAAUUUGAAAAGUUUGGUGACACUAAAUCUUUCCCACAAUAAUCUCUCUGGAGUUAUUCCAAAGAGUUUUGAUGAACUUCGUGGCUUGGAUCACAUCGACAUAUCAUACAAUCAAUUCUGGGGUCCCAUCCCAAACAAUAAGGCAUUUCAUGAGGCUCCCAUUGAAGCAUUGAAGGGAAACAAGGGGUUGUGUGGAAAUGUUACAGGUUUUCUGCCCUGCAUUAUUAAUCCGGAAGAUAAGAAGCACAGUUCUAUAUACUUUAUACUUUGAUCUUAGUUUACCCUUUUCUGGCAGAGCUGGCUUACACAAUGAAAGUGACGGAGAAAUGUGACGUGUAUAGCUUCGGCGUGUUAGCACUUGAAGUGAUUAAAGGGAAGUACCCUAGCAAUCUAGUUCGAUUACCCUUAUCACCUGCAACCAGGGAAGCCAAAAUGUGG